AGAUGUCCUUCAAAUACAGAUAGUUCGUACAAAUACCAUACUAACUCACUUUUCAUAGAUGAUGAUGAAGACCUUGAAACGUAUCAUGAACACCGAGAAGCAAGAAAAGUAAUCAUAUAAGUAUUGGAAAUUGAGAAUGAAAUUGACGCUACAAUGGCCUUGCAGUAUAUACGAUGUUCUCCUUUCUCUAGAACAUUAACGCGUUAUGCUCUUUUCCAAUGUCGCUUUAUAAAAAAUCCUAGUCUAAAGUGCUUUCAUACGGGCCUUCAGAAUUACAUGCCCCUCAUACCCAUGGUAUUAGACAAAACUACAAAUGUUGAACGAUAUUAUGACAUAUAUUCCCGUUUAUUGAAGGACCGAAUUAUAUGUCUUAUGGGCGCAGUCACCGAUGAAAUAGCUGGGUCGGUUAUUGCACAACUCCUGUUCUUACAAUCAGAGGACAAAAAAAUUCCUAUACACUUAUAUAUUAACAGUCCAGGAGGCGUUGUUACUGCAGGUCUAGCAAUUUACGACACUAUGCAGUUUAUUAGACCACCAGUUGCUACUUUGUGCAUAGGUCAGGCUAGUAGUAUGGGUUCUUUGUUGCUAGCAGCUGGUUCACCUGGUUGUCGAUUUGCUCUUCCUCAUUCUCGUAUAAUGGUCCACCAACCAUCUGGCUCUGCUCAUGGUCAAGCAUCGGAUAUUAAAAUUCAAGCAGAGGAGAUAAUUAGGACGCGUAGUGUUAUAAACACUAUAUACGAACGACACACAAAACAGUCUCAGGAAGUAAUAGAAAAGUGGAUGGACCGUGAUUACUUCAUGACCGCAGAAGAAGCAGUUUUAUAUGGAAUAGUCGAUAGGGUUUUACAUAAAGCUCCUGCUGAAAAAGUGGAUGAAAAUGUGGAUUCUAAAUCUCCGCAUUAAUUUUGAAUGUAGUGGCUUCAGUCGUAGAGAAAACAUUUCCCUUAACUGGUAUUUUGUGUAUAACACACAUGACCCACGUGAUGUAAACUGAAUAAUUCUUUCCAAGCAUAUAUUGUAUUAUCUAAAUAUAUGCUUAUAUUUAUACUCGUAA